GUUAAAUGUUUUACCCUAUUCACCUGUAGUGUCUCCCCCACACGUGCUGGGCUGCAGGGGGCAUUGUGAACCGGUUCGUUUGAGAUGCAUUUCUGGAAUUGGUGACGCUCCACGGAAAAGCGGCUCUUUUUGACAUCGUGCUUUACGUGAUUCCUCUCUGAUGUCUGGCAACCCAGACCCAAAGCUAAGGUCCCUCCGCAGCUGAUCCCGGUCAACAGCUUCUGACAGGCGGCUGGAAGGUGUUUGUCACGGCCAUGCCCAAGCCUAGAUGACCUGAGGCACUCACUGAUAACCAGGAUCCAGACCUCCAGCUCCUUAUGGCUGUAUAUGACGAGAACAUCCUGAAGAAUCUUUUCUACUUGGCGUUGGAGAAGCAGAGACCGGACCUCUGCAGCCGAGUGGCGGAGCUCCACGGCAUCGUUCUGGUGCCGUGUUGUGGAAGUUUGACCGUCAGCAGCUUCUCAGACUCUCAGUUCGACAGCUAUGUGCUGCAGCCUGUGGAGGGCGGAUACCAGACUGUGGAUGGGAAGGAGGUCAGGAUCCAGGACAGGCAGGUCCUGCUGGGAUCCGGCUUCCCGAGUCCGGCGUCGGUCCCCAUCCUGUUCGAGGAAACCUUCUACAACGACCAGGAGCAGAGCUACAGCAUCCUGUGCCUCUCCAGGCCCGUCGAGGUGGACCCCGGCCCGGCCGAGCUCAGCCCGCCGCCCCCCUACUGCCUGAGGAGCCUGGAGGACGUCAGGGAGUUCCUGGGACGCCACGCUCAGAAACUGGACAAAUUGAUCCACGGCUUCUGUCAGGCCUUCAAAGAGCAGGAGAGGAAGGGACUCCGACACCACAUAGACUCGGUGAACGGUCUUUACACGAAAUGUCUUCAGUGUCUGCUGAGAGACUCUCGCCUGAAGCUUUUGGCGAAGCAGCAGCUUCAGAUGACUCUCCUCAAGCAGGCGGUCGAGAUGUAUGUCCAUCAUGGUAUCCAUGAUUUAAUGUUUAACUUUGUGGGGACGCUUGAAGCCAGUCAGGACGCCGCCUUCAACAAAACCACGCGGAGUCUGCAGGAGCUGCAGCAGAAGGAGCUCGGAGUCAAACCGGAGUUCAGUAUCAACUUGUCUCGAGCGAAGAGAGAGCUGAGUCAGCUCAACCAGCAGACCUCCCCCCUCCUCAAACUGCUCUGCCUGCGCAGAGUCGCCCUCACCGCCACCCAGACCCCCAGAGGCACCGUCAGUAUAGAGGCCGUGUGUGCGGACGACCUGCUCUCUGUCAUCCUCUAUCUGCUGGUGAAGACGGAAAUCCCCAACUGGAUGGCGAAUCUGAGUUACAUCAAGAACUUCUGCUUCAGCCACUCCAGUAAAGACGAGCUCAGCUACUGCCUGAGCACCUUCGAGGCUGCGGUGGAGUUCAUCAACCUGGGGAAGCUGCAGGACACACGCACUGGCUCCGCGGAGCUGAAUGACAAAGCGUUGUUCAAAGAGAGGAUGAGUCUGCUGUCUCAGAGCGCCGCCACGCCCAUCCACCGUCUGUUUGAGCACAUAGCCAAUGGAAAUGAAGCGGAGGUGCAGCGUCUGCUUAGUGAAGGAGGGAGCAACGAGGACGUCAGGAUGUGUCAUCCCCUCUGCUCCUGUGACCUCUGUGACCUCCAGCUGUCAUGGCGGUUGAACGACCCGUCUAUCGUCACGCCGUUCUCCAGAGACGACCGAGGUUACACUCCACUGCACGUCGCCGCCAUCUACGGUCAGGCCCAGCUGAUCGACCUGCUGGUGUGUAAAGGAGCGCCGGUCAACGCCACAGACUACCACGCCCUCGCACCGCUGCACCUCGCCUGCCAGCGGGGAUACCAGGGAGUCACGCUGCUGCUGCUGCACUACCAGGCCAACACGGACGCUCAGGACAACAACGGCAACACACCGCUGCACCUCGCCUGCAUGUACGGGCACGAGGACUGUGUGAAGGCGUUGGUGUACUACGACGUCCAAACGUGCCGCCUGGACCUGCAGAACGAUAAAGGCGACGUGGCGCUGCACAUCGCGGCGCGCUGGGGCUACGAGGGAAUCAUCCAGGUGCUGCUGGAGAACGGAGCGAGCACCGACAUCCUCAACAAGAGCAAAGACUCCCCGCUGCAGUGCGCGCUCAACUCCAAGAUCCUCGUGUUGUUGCAGUCGACUCAGAACGGCCUUCAGCGCAGCGGAGUCAACUCUCCCAGUCGCUCCCCUCUGGCCUCAGACUGCAGCAGCCGGCGCUCCUCCGUCUCCAGCACGUCCUCUCUGGGCUCCGAGGCCAAACCAGAGGGAGAACGGGUCCGACACCGAGAGGUGGAGAAGCUGCUGCGUGCUGUGGCAGACGGCGAUGUAGAGAUGGUGCGUUACCUGUUGGAGUGGAUGGAUGAGGAAGAGGAAGAUGAAGGAGAGCUUCGGUCCGAGGCUCUGCUCUGCCACCCGCUGUGUCAGUGUCCCAACUGCGCUCCCACUCACAAGAUGUCUGUCCUGCAGGCCGGAGCUCUCGGGGUGAACAGCUGUAACAUUGACGGUUUCAUGCCGCUCCACGUCGCCGCCCUGCACGGCCACUCUGCGCUGGCCGCCCUGCUGAUCCGCCACGGAGCCAACGUCAACGCCCGCACCAACCAGAGCGCCACGCCGCUUCACCUGGCCAGCCAGAACAGUCACGUGCAGGUGAUGAGGUUUCUGCUUGAGUGCAAUGCCAAACUGAACAAGAAGGAUCACUAUGGCAACACACCUCUAAUCCAGGCCUGCCUCUGUGGAAACCUGGAGACGACCACCACUUUGUUACAGAGUGAUGCGCUGGUGAACGUGGUGAACCUUCAGGGGAACACGGCUCUCCAUGAGGCGGUGCGCGGGGGACACCAGGCGCUGGUGGAGCUGCUGCUGAGGGGCGGAGCUUCGCCCGACCUCAGGAACAAGAGGCAGCGGACGCCGCUGGACUGCGCCUACGAGCUGGGCGGCAAGAACACGGAGAUCCUGAGAGCUCUGCAGAAAGCGUCCGGACUUUCUCCCGACGCUGAACCGAUCAAACUGCUCUCUGUGCCCAAAGGCGCUCUGGCUCACUCGUUCGUGCAGCGCCUGCGGCUCCAGGAUCAGACCAAUGGCAGGAGACAGAAGCUGGCGCAGUCCAUCAGCAGGAUUCAUCAGAUGAAGAAAGGUUCCUCCAGGUGUUCAACAAACCUGAACCAGGGGAAUCCAGACAGGAGGCGGCUGAGGCGAGGGGAGACGGUGGAGGUCAGCAGCCCGUCUGCAAGCCUCCACGCCGGGCCGCGGCUGAGAGAGCGGCCCCUGGGUCGUUGUCACACGCUGGACUCUGGAGAACAAACACUGCAGCCGCCGGAGCCCGCACACACUCCAAACGCGACUGAACACACUCCACAAGAGAGCGAUCAGACGGACGACACACACACGGACGACACACACACGGACGACACACACACGGACGACACACACACGGUCGACACCGUGUCCGCCGGUGUUCAGACAUCCAGAGACGACGCACAGCCCGACACCGAUGAAACUCACUCCACCGACGACUGCAGCAUCAGUAGUGAGACCUCACCGUCUGAACCCCCUCCUACACACACCACAGCUCCACGUGACCCCCCAGAGCCUUCUGACACCAACAGCGAGUUGGAGUCAUCUGACAAGCGGACUCGUACCGAAAAAGAGGCUUUGCCGUCCGAAAGCAAAGGCGGAGACUCCGCACCCACCUGCCCCGCAGACCUCCGCCCCACAAUGCAGACCGAUGGAGGCGAUCAGACAGACGGCAACAGUGAAGGAGAGUCGAGGAGUCGUGCAGACAGAUUAUAGAGGAGCACAGAUGUUUGGUUUCCCUUUCCCUCGAUGAAAGACUGCAGAAGCCCUGAGAGGAGAGCGAGGAAAAGGAUUUUCUCUUCUGUGUUUAUGACUUAAAAACAUCUGGGAAACGAAUCACUUCACAAAAACAGCUGUUUCAAACUGGAACUUUCUUUCCACCUGUUUUCACAGAUAGAAAAUGAAAGUUAAGAAGUUAAGAAGUUAAGAAACGUAUAAAGAUUUCCCAGCUGUUCUUUAGUCUUAAACACCGGAGAGGAAACAGUUCAGAUCAGACUACAUUUAAAAAGCACACAAUUUGAUUCACGACGUGACGUCGACUCUCGCUGUGUCUCAGAAAAGUCACAUUUCUGGAGCCGACUGACGAAGAUGAAAACAUUUUGGUUAAAUGAUGCAUUAUGUCUCAUCUUCUGGUUUCUACUGCAAAUAUAUGAAAGCGUCUCCUUCAUCUCCUUCUCCUUCUUCUUCUUCUUCUCCUUCUCCUUCUUCUUCAUCUCCUUCUCCUUCUUCUUCUUCUUCUCCUUCUUCUUCAUCUCCUUCUCCUUCUUCUUCUUCUCCUUCUUCU